GAUACAACUAUUAAUUUGACUAAAGAAAUAAUCAAUAAUACUAAAAAAUUAAAAGUAUCAGACAAUUUUAAAUUACUAAUAGAUCGAUUUAUUGGAAAUGAUCAUUUAUCAGAAUAUAGAAAAACUGAGAUGCAUGUUUGUGGUGUCAUUAUAUACAAAAAAAAAUAA